GUUUUGGUUUCAAGAGAAGUGGAUCGGUCGACAUUUUAAAAAUAGACCGAGAUAAGGAGAAAACGGGCUCAUUUAUGCAGUGAAAAAGGCCUUUAUUUUCCGUUUUAAGCGUGUGUCGUGCACGGGGGUCUGAUCAAACCGCUUCUGGAUUCUUCUGCUGAGGUACAAAUAAGAUGAGUAGCCAGUACCAGCGCAGCGUCCCAUUUGAGGUCCGGAGAUCGGAAGGGGAGAGAGUUCGAGCCAAACAUCCGGACAAAAUUCCAAUUAUUGUGGAGAGAGCCGCUCGGUCUCGCGCUCCUGAGCUCGACAAGAAGAAAUACCUCGUUCCCUCAGACCUGACAGUUGGCCAGCUGUGUUUCCUCAUCAGGCAGCGAGUGUCCAUGAGGCCAGAAGAAGCGCUCUUCUUUUUCGUCAAAAAUUCCCUCCCUCCUUCCAGCUCCCCUCUUUCCGUCGUAUACGAGGAACACCACGAGGAGGACCUGUUCCUGUACAUGACCUACAGCAACGAGAGCGUGUACGGCGCCUGAGAGAGGAGACGAAGGAGCCGCAGUGGGAGCAAGAGGGAGAGGACGGGGCCUGGAGGAUGAGAAAGGGGGAGGGACAGAGGGAGGGAGGCGGCGGAGGAAGAAACGGAGGGGAGUUUUGAGGUGUUAACUGUGUUGCCACUAUUCUACCGCGUUUGAGGGGCAUCGCACAGCGCUGUGGCUUAUUCGUGUGUUUUGGGGCAGCCCCGGGUGUUCGACUAUACUCAACUCUAUGACGGCGCAGCAUUAAAGCAUUCUGGCUUAGAUAUGAGCGAUGGAGUGAGAGGCGGUGACUUAAAGGAGCACUUCAGUGUUUUUCGCCCUGAUCUCUGUCUGCCGCCUGUGAACCGCACUACCGAUUACCAGUGAUUCAGAUCCGUUUCACUGUUCUUAGAAAAGAGACUUCAGAACUAGUGAGUGGUAGAAGCCAGUAGGCAGAUGCUCAGUUCUGUCGGUAAACGCACUUAAAACAAAGCAAAAAGCUUAACGGCGCUAUAGAAUCCCUCAGGCGGACGAAUUUGUCUGAGGUGUGUGUGUAAUUUGUGCUUUCAGAGAUUGGACUAGUUUUCCAGGGGGCAACAUUUGUGGCAGUUUAUUCAGGCGAGGCUGAAAAAUACUCAUGUUCCUUUCAAAGAGGGCAAGCAGAGAGGGGGACCGUGUAAAGACAGCGGCGCCGCACAAAAGUGUUCAUACUUUCAUGACUCUCUCCCAGGAGGGACUCAUCUGUAUUUAAUGCAAAUAGUAUUUUUUUGUAAAGUUAUGAAAUACCUUUUGUUCAAAUAAUGAAUAAAAACGUAAUACUGAA